ACAUUAAUUGUCGACUCAAAAAUGAAAAUAUUUAUUUGAUGGCACUGUUGGUGUCGACCAUUGCAUUGGUUGUCAUCAUUGAGUCGAAAGAUUUCUGUGAAGAAUAUCGAAAAAAUGACUACAAAAUUGGUUUUGCAAUGAGUUUGCAUACAGACCGUGGAUAUCCUGAUGAUAUAAUAUUAUUGUUUAUCGGUAACACCUACUGGAAAUUGUCGAUUAUUGACGCAUCAAUUGAUUCAUUGAGAAUUAAGAAUAUCACUAUUGAGACGGUAAGUGCCGGUACAUCCAAUUGGUUGUCCAGUGAUAAGUACUAUACGGUAUUACCACCGAUUAUUCACAGAGAUAAGGAUAGGGAUAACUGUCUAUACGGUGCUCUACAGAAAGACAUGCAUACCAUUGAUUGGGCCAACACUUUAUGUGUGGAUAUGAAUGUUCACAAUUGGAUCAAUUCAACUAUAAUAACAUUUCCAGACAAUAACUUUAAGCCGGACCUGUUAUGGAUGCUAUGGAGGGUUAAGGAAUUUAGUCUAUACAUGACAUUUGCUAACAAUACAAAAAAUAUAAAGUAUUUAGUUAAUCAAAGUAUACAUUCAAUUGAGGUUAAGAGUAGUUUUAGGAAAAAUGAUUGGAGUAAUGAUCAAUACAUCAACAACAACAACAUAAUAGCUCUAAGCCAUAGAUAUGACCAUAUUUUGAAAUCAAUUAUCUUUAUGAAUGUCAACAAAACUAUUCAAUACUGUUAUGAUAUUGAUUAUAGUUUUCCUUCUUGUUCAGCGGAAUAUAUUAAGACAAUGAUUGACUGUUCCCCGCAAUCCAACCGAUUGAUGAUUAUUAUUAUAGUUAUAUUUAUUGUGAUAGUCGUCAUCGCAAUCGUUAAACUGAUUUUAUAUUACAGACUCUAUCAACCAAUGUUUUAA